AUGGAAACGCCUCCAGUUGUGCCUGACACUUCCAGACGCCCAAACGAUGGCCGUCUGAGCCGAAUCUCUGGAUUUGCUUCCAGCUUCUUCGCCAGUACCGGUCGGCGUAUACAACAGCAUUCCAGUCGUCAGGUUUCAUCCAAGGCCCACAAAAGCGUCUCCCACUACGGUGGAGCCUCGAGUUUCACAGCUGAACACAGCAAAACUGGUCGCAGUUUCCUCGAGUCGGAAGAUGAAUAUGGACGUCAGUGGCUGGAACAGGUGUACCGCUGUGAGUGCGAAAUCAAGGUGCUUGUCAGAGAACUACUGGCCGCCGGAGAGAGCCUCUCAUCCAUCUCAAGAACGCUGUAG